AUGAAAAGAAGAGUGACCUUUAUUCAUGAUGCUGAAGGGGAAUUUGAUCCCAAACGAGCUCAUCUCACAUCUGAUUCAUUAUCCAUCCAAUUGUUGGAUGCCGCUCGCCAGGAGAGACUAACAUUUGGGUUCCAGGAGCUUCCAAAUGAGAAGGCCUUUGGCCAAGAUGUAAAUUGCACUGUCCCAGAAAUUUCAUUUACGUCCUCGGGAGACAUUUUGAAGUCGGGCGCAUUACCAUCACUCCAGUUUCAUCAACUCCUUCCUUCACUUGAACAAUUUGCUACAUACAUACGGGAGGCAAUUUGCCCAAAACAAGACAUUAUAUGUCUGAACGGCGCCGCAUUGAUUCGUUCUGCCGAUACGCUUGACAUAGAUUAUGAUCGUGUGCAGAAUUCGUUCGUUGUCACCGCCUACUGGUCCAAAGCAACAGGUAAAGACGGAUGGAAAGAUACCAUAUAUCACGAGAGGUCAAGUGAAGACAAAACCGAUAUAGGUAUUCUGGCUACACAACAAGAUCUGGAACCCGAUGAGGUCAGAAUCGGUGGCUUUUUGGCCAUGGUUGGCCGGGAUGAAGAAUUAAAUGAAUACCAACUAUCCACCGCCGAUUCUCUUUUCCUUGAGUCACAUAAUAUACGCGGCCUGCGGCACAUCGCUGGAGAAGCGGAUCUUGAGGCGCCAGACUGGAUAAUCCAACGUUGGGGCUCACAGCUGCUGGUGGAAUUAGCCACAACAAACCCCGAGGAGAUCAACGUCGAUACCAAAAACCACGAAGACUGGAAAAGCACGAUUCCGUUACAUUUGCGGUAUCUCCAUCCCUCUAGCUCUGGCUAUCGAAACAUCUCCAUGCCUUGGCCCAUAGUUUUCUGGGCUUGCACGUACCAGGACCAGGGUAAAAUGGGCUAUAACCCAUUCGAUCGAGCGAACUUAAGCUGGGACGAUUUAUUUGCCCCAAAAACGUUGUUUUACCAAUUCCAUCCCUCUCCUGAACCGAGAGGUGAAAAAUUAAUCGAGACUAUCCAAGUUCCCGCUCUUAAGAUGAACAAGGAUACCGAUUUUAUAGCGAAUCAGGCGAUUGAGUUCGGUACCAUUGCUGUGGUUUUGCUUGGAUUUCUAUGGGUAUCAUGGAAGUUGGGUUUUGUUGCCCGAUCUACAGGAGUUCAAAGCAACCAGAACCAGACGACUCGAGUAGCUGGGAGCAAAAAGACCCAGUAA